CCACCUGUGCCCAGCAGAUCACCCACCUGUGCCCAGCAGUGCACCCACCUGUGCCCAGCAGUGCACCCACCUGUGCCACUCUGCAGUGUCACACACCUGUGCCCAGAAGUGCCACCUACCUGUGCCCAGCAGUGCCAUCCACCUGUGUCCCACCCCACCUGUGCCCACCAGUGCCACCCACUCAGUGCAGCCCAGCAGUGCUGCCAGUCAGUGCCACCAGUCAGUGCCCAGGGGUUGUGCCAGUCAGUGCCCAGCAGUGAUGCCAGUCAGUGCCGUCUAUCAGUACCCCAUCAUCAGUGUCACCUAUCAGUGCCGCCUAUCAGUGCUGCA